UUUCUUAUCCACAUUAACUCUGAAUAAAAAGAAGGAUCUCAGCCUAAAAAAAAAUAAAAUAGAAUAAAUAAAUAAACAAACAAACAAACGGAUGAAACAUGAAAGGAUAUGCUCAUUCAACGCCACAAAAGAAAAAAACAAAACAAAAAAAACGGCAACAGAGAUUAGUUUUUUAUUUUCAAUUUUUUAAAAACAUGUUCUAGUAACAGAAGUGAUGUCCCAUGAGGCAGAACAAAUACAGCCCACCAUGCACCAAAUUUCUGGUCCAUGUUGGACUGCUGGAAUGACAUUUCCUAUGCUAAAAAACUACCCAAUAUUCAAAUUGAGAAAAAUAAAAAAAUACCCUCCAACUUUUCUUGACCACACACCUGUUUGACCUUCUAGAACUGCCACCUAACCUCUCCCCCUUCCCCAUCAAAACCAACACCUCCUCCCUCUCUUCUUCCUAUACCUCCUCCUGUCUCCUCUCAACUUCACCUACACCACCCUCCUCCUAUGCUCAUUUCAACUCUAGGGUAUUGUCUCUCAUUCUUUCUUGCUUUCCUUGCUUGAUUGGGUCUUGUUUUAUUCUGGCAAUUUCACUUUUUUGGGUACCCAAUUGAAGGGUUCUUGAUUUUCUUUCUUGUAUACACCUCCCUCUCAUUUGGGGAAGUUUUGUGUGUUAGGGUCAUAAAAAAUGCCACCUUUUGCAGAUUCAAGGCCUCCAUUGAAUGAAUUACAUCAAAACAAGCCAGACCCAAGUUCCAAUAUUGUCUCCAUUGAUGUUGGUGGUCAGCUCUUUCAAACCACCAAACAAACGCUAACCCUAGCUGGCCCCAAAUCCCUCUUCUCCAAAAUUUCCCAUUCUUCUGAUCAUCAAUAUGCUAUACCUUUCAUUGACAGAGACCCUGAAUUCUUCUCAAUCCUUCUCUCUCUUCUCCGAACUGGUCAUCUUCCAUCAAAAGCCAAAGCUUUCGAUCUCGAAGACCUAAUCUCCGAAGCCCAAUUCUACGGAAUCGAAAACCUCCUUCUCAAUUCCCACUCAAACCCAUCUCAAUUCGAAGCUUUCAAUCUCGAGAAAUCGUUGGUUUUGCCUCUGAACGGUCGUGAUUCACCAUCGGCGAUCUCCACCACACAAUUCGGGUCACUGCACGUAGCUCAUGGAAGCAAAAUCACAUCUUUUGAUUGGUCUCUGAGAAAAAAAUCAACAAUUUUGACUCAAUUCACGGCCGUUGAUUCCCUAUUGGCUUUGUCGUCGAAAAUCGCAGCCGCUGGUGCCACGGACUAUUCUGGGUUACAGGUGAUUGAUCUUGAUAAGGGUUUUGUUAGAGAGACAUUGAAUUGGGAAAAUGUUACUAGGUCUAGUUCAACAGUUCAGGCAAUUGGGUCAUCCCCACAAUACCUUUUCACUAGUUUCGAAUCGGGUCGAAGGAAUUCGAAUUCGAUUAUGGUUUAUGAUCUUCAAGAUAGUUUUCGACCCGUCACGGAGAUUGGUCACUCUGAAAUCUUUGGUGCAAAUCUUGAUUCAGCAAUUCCAGCAACAAAAUUGAGUUGGGUUUCAAGUCAUAAUCUGUUAAUGGCUUCUGGGUCUCACAGUGGACCCUCUGGAGUAUUGGGAAACAUCAAGUUUUGGGAUAUUAGGUCUGGAACUGUAGUCUGGGAAUUGAAGGAGAAAGUUGAUUGCUUUGCGGAUGUCACGGUUUCUGAUAAUCUUUCAGCAAUAUUCAAGGUUGGUGUGAAUUCAGGGGAGGUGUUCUUCACCGAUUUGAGGAAUAUUGGGAAUGCGAAUUCUUGGGUUUGUCUUGGUGAUGCAAGAAAGGUGAUCAAUGGGAAGAAGGAGGGCGUUGGGUGUAAGAUCGAAAGUCGCGGUAAUCAAGUAUUUUGCAGCAGAGGAGGAGAUUUGGAGCUGUGGUCAGAGGUUCUGAUUGGUUCUUCGAGGAAAGGAAGAGAUGGGUUGGAGGAGAGGGUGUUCAGAAAGAACUUAAUGGGGAGAGUGAAGGAUUUGGGAGGAAGUAGGAUAACCAGCUUGGGAUUUGGAGGGAACAAAAUGUUUGUGACGAGGAAGGAUCAGCAAUCUGUCGAGGUUUGGCAGAGUUCAGUAAGAGGAUUUUGAUCUCAAUUCUUUGUAGUUGGGAUUGGUAAAUAUGAUCUUAUUUAUAUUUUUACAGACUAGUAAAUUUUCUGUUUUCUAGAUUAGUUCUCAAUGUGAUUCAACUGUAGAUACUAUUGUUGUUGUUUUUAUUAUUUUUAAUUGCGUAUGCUUUGUGUUUUCUCAAGAAUCUACAGAUUUGUUGCUUAAUGUAAGGUAUGGAGAUGAAAUUAUUAUUAUGGAAACGAUGUUCGUUCUCUUUUUCUGUGGAUAAA